AUGGGCGUGCGAGCGCAGGGGCGGGCGCCGCCGCCUCGCCGUCCCUCCCUGCCCCACCCUCCCAACGCCGCGCCCUUCCCGCCUGCCACCCGGACCUCGCCGCCCCGCUCGGCCCUGGCCGCGCCGCGCCGCCCAGAUCUCGCCGUGCCGUGUUGUCUGGUCGUCGCCGCGCCGCUCGAAGAAAUCGGCCAAGAUCCACGGCGGCCUUGGCCUCGCCGUGCGCCCACCCUCUCGCCGCGAUCGGAGCUGCGCCCCUUCCUCGCCGACCCCAAGAUCUGCGCCCCUCGGAGCGGCGCCACACUGAGCGUCGGCUGUCCGAGCGCCGCCCCUCACCCCGGCUAUCCGAGCGCCGCCCCUCACCCCAGCUCCGCAGGCGGCGCUCGGCCAUCAUCGUCCCUCCACGCGGCCCCAGAUCCCUCUGAGCUGCGCCCCACCAUGGACGGAGAUGGUUACAACGGCAACGACUGGGCCUCGCAGGACUCCGGCGCCAACGCGUGGAGCGGCCCCGCCCACGCUCCCGCUGCCCGCGGCGUCUUCGACCUCAACUCGCAAGCGGCCGCAGCAGAGGAGUAUCCGGGACUAGAACAGUACGGAGCCUACCUCCAGGGAGACGACGUCGAGCUCCUCUCUGGCCGCGGCAGGGGCUCUGGACUCCCUCCCUAUCACGCACUGCGUGCUGGCUUUAUCAUGUUUUUCUUAAUUCAUUUGUGGAGAUGA